CGAUUGACGAUAGCAGUAGGUAAAUAUAAUCCUGAACCUGCGCUGGUAUUUGUUUUGGUAGUCGGAAGAGGUACUAGCAGCCCGACAAACGAAUGAUCUCUAGAUACUACUACCGUAGCCACAACACACGUGUAGAGACUGCCGGCCGCCUCGUCUAAAACACUGUCAAUAUUUGGUUUUCAGCGACGCCCUUCAAUAAUAAUAAUCUCCCUCCCAAAAAAAUCCCCCAAAACAACCCAAUCCGAGAGCUCUGACGAGAUCUCCGGCCCGUGUUGAACAGGUUGCCACCCUGCGACCCUCUGCCAUCAUACCCACCCCCAGCAAUCGUGGGUCUGGUCGCGCCUGAGCCAUCCUUUGUACCCCGGUCACUCACUUCACCAUCAACUUUGGUUUCCUCCAUCCCAAAUCGCAUCCCACAUCUCCCACGACAAAAUCAUCUCUCCGUCCCCAAAAGUUCUCUGCAUUGACGAUCUCUCUAAUAGCGACAAGUUGACUCUUGUUCGCCCACUUCGACACUCGUUCUUAAUAAAGACUCUUAGUAUAUAAUUUCGAUCUCACAUUCGCAGCGACAUGGAGAAUACAUCACACUACAGAGGGAGCGCCAUCUCCACCACGGCAACGACUCCAAUGCGUCCGGGCACUCCAGAAAGCAGAAGUAAUGCCUUCGGCGACGAGAUAUCUCCAGCUCCUCGACCCAAUCCAUUUUCCACUCCUUUCACAUCUAGACCUGCGUCUUCGUUGGGCUCCUCGACGGGCGUUCGCUCGGGACUGCCUUCAAGAUAUUUCCAUUCGAGACGAGUGAAGAAAGGCGAAGUUGACCAACCGUGGAGGAAAAACAAGGAUCCAAAGGAGAAAUGGGUGACGAUUAUUCCGUUGAUUGGUCUUGCACUCGGGUUUGGUAUUGCUGGGUUUUUGAUCUAUGAUGGGAUCUCGUCGGUGGUGCACCAUAAAUACUGCCCGGUCUUGGACGAGGAUUUCAGUCAGGGUCUCCGAGAAACCAUAUGGGCCAAAGAAGCGGAGGUUGGUGGAUUUGGGUAAGUCCAUGUCAGUCCAUGUAAGAAGAGAAAUGCUGACAAAACAAGAAAUGGUCAAUUUGAACAGACUACUUUGACUGAUGAGAACGUCUUCAUAAAAGAUGGCAAGCUCAUUAUCAAACCAACUCUCCAGGAUGCAACCCUGCUUGAGACCAACAAUGUCAUUAAUUUGACUGCCGAUGGAACUUGCUCAUCUCCCUCCCUCAAGAAUUGUGUCAGUGUCACCAACGCCACCGAAGGGACAAUUAUUCAACCAGUCAAGUCUGGACGCAUCAACACCAAAGCGGGAGCGACUAUCAAGUAUGGACGCGUUGAAGUCACUGCAAAACUCCCAGAUGGAGAUUGGCUCUGGCCCGCAAUUUGGAUGUUGCCAGUAAACGAAACUUACGGACCUUGGCCACUAUCUGGAGAGAUUGAUAUCCUUGAAGGUCGCGGAAACAAUCACACAUACAAACAGGGUGGAAACAACAUUGCCUCAUCAGCACUUCAUUGGGGUCCAGACCCAGCCAACGACGCUUGGUGGCGAACAAACGUCAAGAGAUCCGCAUUACACACGACUUAUUCGAAAGGCUACAACACAUUUGGUCUGGAAUGGUCUCAAAAAUACUUGUUCACCUACAUCAACUCCAACCUUCUCCAAGUUUUGUACACCAAUUUCGACAAACCCCUCUGGCAACGUGGACAAUUCCCUAGCUCUCUUUCCAACGGAACACGUCUUGUUGACGCAUGGUCCCAAACCGGUCGUCACCAAACACCCUUCGAUCAAGAAUUCUACCUCAUCCUCAACGUCGCAGUUGGUGGUACCAACGGCUGGUUCGAAGACGGCGCAUCUGGAAAACCAUGGGUCGACCAAAGUCCACGCGCCAAGAACGAUUUCUGGGCUGCUCGAAACCAGUGGUUACCAACGUGGGAGAAGAACGGACAGAUGGAGAUUAGCAAGGUCAAGAUAUGGAAACAAUGCGACGGGAACGAGGAUCAGGAAUAAGAUUACAUGGUGGUGUUGUGUUUUUCUUUUUUCGCUUCGGGAUAUCACGUCUAUUGAGUAUAUUUCUUGGGGAAAUUAUUUUGUGUGUGUUUAAUUUGGCGCUGGGAAGGGCUUUGAAUUGCAAAUGAAUGGAUUGACAUGAAAACUAGUGCGGCACUUGGGAUUUAGAAAUGAGAUGGGAUGAUUCCUCGGGAACAGA